GGUGGGUUAUUUCGCUGAGGAUCCUGGGUACAUAGCUCAAUAGUAAUGCAGCGAAGAGGACUUUAAACACACAUGCAUCGCAACAACACAGGGAAGGGAGAAAACGGAGAACACACAUUGUUGCGCUGGAUUUUACGGGGUCUCUUUGUACACUGUAAAUACGCUUAGUUUAGUUACAUUGUAUUCACAUAAUCGCUUCUGUAACCUACCCCAUUGAUAUGACCGUGUCCUGUUCCGCUUGCUUGGGGAGAGAGAGUACAACAACAGGAAUUAAUUCUAGCUACACCGUUCUGGUCCCCUCGAGUCGGUUUACCGGGAAAUGGUAACGUUUGCACCGCAUUGGAAGGACCAUGGUUGAGGCGAGCAGCAAAUUUCUCCUAAUUGUAGUCGGCUCCGUCUGUUUUAUGCUGAUCUUAUAUCAAUACGUCGCGCCUGGGGUUAUCAAUUUCGGCUCACCACACGGAUAUUUCACUGAGGAGGACGAUGGUGGGGACAUUUUCCCUUCCCCAGACCCGCACUACGUCAAGAAAUACUAUUUCCCAGUCCGGGAUUUGGAGCGAACGGUGGAAUUUGAAAUCAAAGGAGAAGACGUUAUCGUGUUUUUACACAUUCAGAAGACAGGAGGGACAACGUUCGGGAGACACCUGGUUCAGAAUGUGAGGUUGGAGGUUCCGUGUGACUGUAGACCGGGUCAGAAGAAGUGUACCUGUUAUCGACCCAACCGAAAAGAGACCUGGUUAUUCUCCCGGUUCUCCACCGGUUGGAGUUGUGGCUUACACGCGGACUGGACCGAGCUAAAAAAUUGUGUUCCUGGAGUUCUAGAUAAAAAGGAGACCAGGAUGAAAAAUGAAAGGAAGUUCUACUACAUCACCCUCUUAAGGGACCCAGUGUCUCGGUACCUCAGCGAAUGGAGACACGUCCAGAGGGGCGCGACGUGGAAGACCUCAUUACACAUGUGUGACGGACGUACCCCUACUCUGGAGGAACUACCAGCCUGCUAUGAGGGUUCUGAUUGGUCAGGAUGUACCUUGCAGCAGUUCAUGGACUGUCCUUAUAACUUGGCCAAUAACAGACAGGUUCGUAUGCUAGCGGACCUGAGCCUGGUAGGCUGCUACAACAUGUCUACAGUCCCAGAGCAGAGGCGUUCUCAGCUGUUAUUAGACUCCGCUAAGAAGAACCUGAGGGACAUGGCCUUCUUCGGCCUGACAGAGUACCAGAGGAAAACCCAGUUCCUGUUUGAACGUACCUUCAGACUGAGGUUCAUACGACCCUUUAUGCAAUACAACAGCACCAGAGCGGCCGGAGUGGAUUUGGACAACACUACGGUGCAGCGCAUCGAGGAGCUGAAUGAGCUGGACAUGGAGUUGUAUGAUUACGCCAGAGACCUGUUCCAGCAGAGAUACCAGUACACCAGGCAGCAGGAACGACGGCUGCAACGACUCAGGACCCACAACCAGAACCACAACGGUCAGGGGCUAGGGGUCGAGGGUCAGGGCCUGGGAGUGGGCCUGUGGCCUUCUAGAUCCAAACUAACCCCUGGACCAGGAGAGGAAGAAGUGGAGGACCCAGAAGAAGGGGGGAGAACAGAGGAGGUGGGAGGGAGGUUACCGACGGAAGACUAUAUGAACCAGAUAAUUAAUCGUUGGUAACGCACACACUCUCAUCGGAGGUUAGAGGUCAGGGGUGAAAGUGUAUAGGGUAGUUAUGGAGACUGAAGUAGAGGAAUGGGUUGAAUGUCACUGACAACCGACUUUCAUCGUUCCCCCUCUCUCGCUCUCCCUUGCCUUUUCUCUCCCUCUUUAUCUCUCUGGUACAUAAAGGUGAAAAAAACUCAAGUGGGGAAACUCCCAGAAAUCCCUUCAGAGAGCAGAGCUUUGAACCGUUGGACAGAAAGUUUUCCAUUGGCUGAGCUGAACCGCGAAAAUGAAAAUGUAACAUCUACAGAAAAACAGACUACGUAAAGCAAGAGUUGGACCAUGUCUAAAAAGCUUUUUUCUUGGACAUCGGCCGCCAUUUCAGACAUGAACAUGCGUCUUAAUGACGCAAUUCUCAUUUUAGAACUACUAUGUUUAUUAUUAUAUCGUUUUUAUGUUGUUGUUUUUUUAAAGCAGCAUUGUAAUGACACUGAGACCAAUGUUACUGCCUAAAGAAACAAGUGAUUAUUUUAUUUGUAUGUUUUUUAAAGGAAAUGUAACCAAUAGAUGGACGGACGUACCAUGGACCAUAGCCAUUAUUUUAAAAUUAUGGGGACGUUAUGCAUAUAUGUGUGUAGACAACUGGGUAGCAAUCCAUCCAAAUUACAUCCUAUGCCCUUUGUGGGGCACUACUUCCAUUCCAACACCUUAUUAUUAAUUAUGUAGUGUGCUACUUCUGGCGCCAUAUUCCCUAUAUAGUGCACUACUUUUAUCAGAGCCCUAUGUGGCCCUAUAAGGAAUAGGGUGUGGUUUGAGACGUGGCCAUGGAUGUGAUGAAUGUUAGAGCUGAUCUGAUGCAGUGUAAAUGGAACUGAGCCCAACCCUACUUCUGACUGGUAGUUAGUGCCUCUUAGGACAGACAUGAUGACUAUUAGACCUACCUGAUAUUUCAGGCUCACACAACUUUUUUUUGACUACUUUUCCCCUGUGUUUCCGUGUGUGUUUGUCUAUGUGCGCAUACACAUGUAAAUAGUGUGUAUGCAUUUGUAAAUAUUGUGUGUGUGUGUGUGUGUGUGUGUGUGUGUGUGUGUGUGUGUGUGUGUGUGUGUGUGUGUGUGUGUGUGUGUGUGUGUGUGUGUGUGUGUGUGUGUGUGUGUGUGUGUGUGUGUGUGUGUGUGUGUGUGUGUGUGGGUAUUGUGUGCGUGCGUGCGUGUGUGAGAGAGAGAGAAUGGCUUUAGCUUUGCUGUGUGAUUGAUAUGCUAUAUGACCAAUCUCUUGCCAUAGUGUUAGAGGGAUGAAUGUAAACCCUUUUAAUGUAUUCCUACCAUGGAGGGAGAGACACACACAGACAAAGGCUUGAGGUAGACAUUUCCCUUAACUCUAGGUCACCUUGAUAUCUGACUCUGUAUCACUCCCAUGUGAAUAUGUCCAAAAUAACACACACACACAUUUACAUUUACAUUUAAGUCACACACACACCAUUAUGUCAACUACAGCACUACUCAGCGAUGGUAAUGCUUUUGGAGUCCCUCAAACUCAAAUUACACCAGGACAAACUGCUAUAAACUGUCUUUACAAUCUUGUCGCUUAAAAUAGUGUCUUAAAUAUUUACGUUGAAUGAAAUUGAAUAUUUUCCAUCACAAACAUUAACUUCCUGCGUGUCUCAACUAGUUCCCUCUAUCAGUGUCAUUCAGGCAAUUUUCUUAUGAUUGCAAAAACGGAUCAUCAAACCACUAAUUAAAAUAUUCAAUUUUUGUAAAAAAA